AUGAGCUUAACAGGAAAAUUAACGAUGAGCUCACAAGCAACAAAACUUGCCGUUAGGAAAAUUAAGCGCCUUGAUUAUAGAGUAAUGAGCAGUACAAAGCGAUCCUCGAGCUUUGAAGCUCAUUCCGAGCGACAAAAGCCUUCUAAAGGCGGGAGGAAACAAAUGAGAACCAUCCGGAAGGCAUCGCCCAAGCAAAAGGACGACGAUCUGGUUGAGGAUAAACACGACAGUGAACAAAACGAAGCAAAAGACGAUUUUUCAACAGAAAUAAUCAGUCGGGACCCUCGAGAAGAACCUGAAAAAACAUCGGAUCAAGGAGAGGCAUAUGCGGCCCUUUUGACGCUGUUAAAAGCUGAACAUGGAAGUAAAAGAAGUGUUCCCAAGAAAUCUGAGAAAGAAGCCGAGGCGGGAUCUGAGGAUGAUGCGCAAGAUUUAGAACCAGAGCAUGGAGAAGAAUAUGAGGAAAGCGAAGAGGCCGCUAUUGAACAUGGCCUUUCUAACGAGAAGGAAGAAGAUGAAGAAAAUGAGGCCGAGGGCAUUGAGGAUGGCAGCAUGGAGGAUGAAGAAGACAAAGCGGACCCAUUGGAAAAACACUUUAAUUCAGUCUCGGAAAAAAAUAUUGAUGAACUAGACGCAGCUUUCAAGUCCAGGACAAUCCGUUAUAGAUCAACCAAACUUCCUGUGGACCAAAGUCAAGAAUUCAUUUACUCUCGUCCUACUUUACCUAAUGAUUCGUUGGUCGCUCCUCCUACGCGUAGUCAAUCUCUGGACUCUUACUUCAUUAAGCAAAGGUUGAAAAUUCAAAACGAUCUUAUGGACUCCAACGGCGAUAAAUUGACACCACUGCAAAAACAAAUUUUGGAUCCAGUAUUUCAGUAUCAAGAUUUGCUCUAUGAGUAUGAUAACUAUAACAAGGAAUCUGAGUAUCGCGAUUUGUAUACUCUUCACGUUUUAAACCACAUCUAUAAGACGAGAGACCGUAUCUUGAAAAAUAAUCAACGUUUACAAGACAAUCCGGACCAAGAGUUACUAGACCAAGGUUUUACUAGACCCAAGGUCUUGAUUGUAGUCCCCACUAGAGAUGUUGCACAUCAGGUUCUCACAAAAAUAAUCGAAAAAUCCGGCAUCGAUCAAGUUGACAAAAAAGGCAAAUUCAAGGAUCAAUUUUACCAAAACUCCACAACUCCUAGCUACAAGCCAAAGUCCUUCAAACAUGUCUUCCAAGGCAAUACCAAUGAUUUUUUUGUUAUCGGAGCAAAAUUCACAAGAAAAGCCAUCAAGCUGUACAGUAAUUUCUAUCAGUCUGAUAUUAUCAUUUGCUCUCCACUUGGUAUUCAACUAAUUUUGGAAAACACAGAUAAGAAAAAACGGCAGGAUGACUUUUUAUCAUCCAUCGAGCUUUUGGUGAUAGAUCAGCUGCAUAGUAUCGAGUUUCAAAACGUCUUGCACUUGUCUUCCAUAUUUGAGCACUUGAAUAAGAUCCCACAACAACAGCAUGAUGCUGACUUCAGUAGAAUCAAGAUGUGGUAUAUUAACGAUCAGGCCAAACUUCUACGUCAAACCCUCAUUUUCACGCGUCAUUCUUCUCCGUUUGCUAAUUCCUUGAUCAACGGGAAAUGUAAGAACUAUGCUGGCAGAUGGAAGAAUCAUUCAAUAGUCAGCUCUGAUAAGUCUAGUUUGGGUCAGUUAGGUAUGCGCACGCGCUUGGUGUUUCAGAGGUUCGACCUGGCGGGAAAUUCUGCCAUUGAUGAACCAGAUUACCGUUUCAAGCAUUUCUGUAGUGUGAUUGUUCCCAACAUUGUGAAAUCAACAGGCUAUGAAGAUGGUAUUCUACUAUACAUCCCCGAUUACACAGAUUUUAUUCGGGUUCGGAAUUAUAUGCGGGAGAAGACUAGCAUCUUGUUUGGAGAUAUCAAUGAAUAUUCAGAACAAAGACAGCUAAAUGCUAACAGAUCAUUAUUUCAGCAAGGUCGGAUCAAAGUUAUGCUGUACACCGAGAGAUUGCAUCACUUCCGGAGAUACGAAAUCAAGGGUGUCAAAACUGUUAUAUUUUAUAAGCCGCCUUCUAAUCCGGAGUUUUUUGAGGAGACAGUGCGUUAUUUGGGUAAAAGCGCAUUCUUGGGUGUUGCAGAUCUGAACAUAUCGGUAGUAAGGUGCUUGUAUUCUAAAUUGGACGGACUCGCGUUGGAGAAGAUCGUUGGUACGGAGAGGGCUGCUGUGCUUACGCGCGGACCGAACGAAACGUAUGAAUUUAAGUAA